CCUCGUCACGAGGGAUCGUUUUCUUAAAAACAAACAUGAACCACGGAGGAGGAGGAAGCAAAUGGAAAAGUACCAAAUAAAUGUUGACUCGCAAUGCAAAACAACGUAUUCGGCUGGUGUUUGCUGUUCUUUAGCAGUCCUAUGACGGGAAUGGGCGGCCGGCCAGCCGAAGUUCUGGGUUUGACUCACGGCUCGUCCGGCACUUCCCCAAAAGUCUCAUGCCCGUCAAAGCGGACAAGCAAGUGGCAUAAAGUCAACACUGGCCUCUUUAUGACAGCACGCAGGUUGGAAGGUGAACUCAAAGAGUCGCUCACAAUGUGGACCUUCUCGAUUGUUUGCAGCGUAGUCAUCCUGCAUGGCGUGCAAGGUGACGGGGGCUUGACUGACGCCCCGUUGUACAUGACUACUGCAGUCUUGCGUUCGUGCCGCUACAACUGCGGCAGGCACCUGGGAAGCUGUUCCUGCUCCAGUUCUUGCCAGUACUACGGCAACUGUUGUCAUGACUACAACCAUUACUGCGACAGAACGACUCCGCCAGCAUGGACCACAGCCCCGCCUUCGUGCCGCUACAACUGCGGCAGUCACCUGGGAAGCUGUUCCUGCUUCAGUUCUUGCCAGUACUACGGCAGUUGUUGCCCUGACUACUACUCCCACUGCUACGCCACAACGGACAUGCCAAGCACAGAGGGACCUUGCGGAGGUUCUAUGUUUGGCUCAGGUACCUUGUCCAGUCCCGGACACCCUGACUACUACCACGACAACGCCUACUGUGUGUGGCACCUCAGAUCUUUGCAUGACCAAAGAGUCUUGCUGGAAUUCUCAUACUUGCAGUUGCAGAGCUGCUGCAGUUGCGACUACAUUUCAGUCUACGACGGUCCUUCUGAGAACUCGGGACUUUUGGGGAAAGUGUGCAACGACAACAACAACGGCAGCCUUAAUAUUUUCUACUCCACCUCCAACUACAUGACGGUGGUUUUCCGAAGCGACAGAUCAGUGGUCGGGAGAGGAUUCCGUGCGGACUUCACAAGCGCUCUCCCGCAGGACUCAGGUAAAGUCAAUUGCUCCCAGGAUAACAUGAACAUCGCGAUUGGUAGGAAGUACUUGAACUCGCUAGGCUACGACGGCCACAGUCUCUACCUCAACGACCAGAACUGCAGACCCCAAGUUUUUUCAAAAGAGGUGGUCUUCAGUUUCCACGUCAAUAGAUGUGGCACCAGUCGAAAGUUUGAGAACGGAAGAGUGGUGUACCACAACGUGGUGCGCGGCUACACGUCGAGCAGCGGCGACAUCACGCGCAAAGCUAACUUGAAAAUCGACGUGGUGUGUCGGAUGGAUCAAUACUCGGUGGCGCAGAUUAUGUACCUGGCGCAGAAUCACGACAACACCAGCAUCACGGGCACGGGAACAUUCAACACCUCCAUGGACUUCUACACCAGCAGCAGCUUCUACUACAAGGUGACCGAAUCCCCGUACAAGGUUUCCCUUAACCAGGACCUCUACAUCCAGGUGGACCUGAGCAGCAGCAGUGAAAGAUAUCUGGAUAUUUUCCUUGAUACCUGCAUUGCCUCGCCGUCUGAAAACUUCAACGGGGCAGUCUACUACCUGGUCCGCAAUGGGUGUCCCAUCGAUAACACCUACCAGUCGUUGGUGAGUGGCAGCAGCCGCUACGCUCGUUUCUCCUUCAAGGCCUUCCAGUUCCUGCGGAAUGCUGAGCAGGUUUACAUCCAGUGCAAGGUCCUCAUGUGUCAAAGCAAUGACUGGAAUUCCCGUUGCCGCCGCGGCUGCCUCAAGCGCAGGACCAGAGACGUUGGCACCAAACACGAGAGCCGAAUUCUGGUCCUGGGUCCCAUCCAACUCAUGGAACCUGACAAAAAGUAUGAGGGAUCAGCAAAUUAGGAUGUCGUUUAACGAGAUCGUCUCCACUCAUCAUUUUCAUAAUCAGGAAUGAAACUGAAACAUACUCACCGGUGAUUAAAAGCUGCAAGAAAGACAA